CCUCAUCGUCCACAACGACGCCGUGCGACAUGCCGCUCGACAACAACAACCCCCGGCGCCAUGUGCAGGUGCUGCCUGAGCGCGUUGGAGCCGUCUCCAACUCCGAGUUCCCUCACCACUACCCCGGCGAGGAUCACUCGUGGAGCCUCGACAAGUUCAAGGAGAACCUCGUCGUUUCGGUUCAGCGCACGACGCCGUCGACGAUCGAGUUUGACCUUGUCGGUGUCGACGCUUCGAUCGCGAACGCCAUCCGCCGUAUUCUGAUUGCCGAGGUGCCUACCGUCGCCAUCGAGGACGUGUACGUGUGGAACAACACGUCGAUCAUGCAGGAUGAGGUUCUUGCACACCGUGUUGGUCUUGUGCCGCUCAAGAUCGACCCGCGGAUGCUGGACUUCAAGCCAUCUGUCUACUCUGCCCCCAUGGAGACCGACACGCACGUCUUCGACCUGCGAAUCAAGUGCGAGAGGCGGCGGGAUGCGGCGCCGGGCGAGACGGACCCCAAGAAGCUGUACCACGACUCCAACGUGUACACGGGCAUGAUGAAGUGGGCGCCGAGCGGCAACCAGGCAGCAAAGUACCGUGGCAUUGAGCCAAAACCCGUGCUCGACGACAUCCUCCUCGUCAAGCUCCGCCCAGGACAGGUCGUCGACCUGCACUGCUUUGCGCGCAAGGGCAUCGGAGCCGACCACGCCAAGUACAGCCCCGUCGCGACGGCAAGCUACCGCCUCCUGCCGCACAUCAUCCUCCGCGGGCCCAUCCCCGAGGAGCACCAGGAGAAGUUCCAGAAGUGCUUCGCGCCCGGCGUCGUCGAGAUCAAGAAGGACGGCACAGGGAAGAAGCAGGUCGUCAUCGCCAACCCCCGCAAGGACACCGUGUCGCGCGAGGUCCUCCGCCACCCAGAGUUCCAGGACCUGGUCGAGCUGGCGCGCAUCCGCGACCACUUCUUGUUCAACGUCGAGUCUGCGGGCCAGUACCCCCCCGCCGACCUCGUGCCCGAGGCCAUCAAGAUCAUGCUCGGCAAGAUCAGCGCCGUCGAGGCCGGCCUCGACAAGCUGUUCGCGUCCGACGCCUCAGCAUAAAUAGAUUUUGCACGUAUGGUUACAUGGCAUGUAUUGAUACCGGAUA